GGAUCCUCAUCUGAGUCGAGCUUUAUUUCGCGAUUGCGGGAAAAAUGCAGGUGUUCCAUUUAAACAGUUCUGUUGAUUCCUGAACGCUGUAAUCUUUCCUCGGGACAAGGCACUUGGUGAGGGGGAAUGUGAACAGGCUUAAAGUGUGGCAUGGAAAGAUGGUUUCUGUCAGAAGGAGAUGGUGAUUGCGAUGUCCUCCAGGAACGUUUCCACACUAAUUUACUUUCUCUGCGUGACAGCCUGUAUAAGGAAAACCUUAGGACAUAUAAAAAAGGAUGAGAAAUUAUAUCCAGAAAAUUUCACACGCAUACUGGACCGACUUCUGGAUGGUUAUGAUAACAGACUGCGACCUGGUUUUGGGGGUCCAGUUACUGUAGUCAAAACUGAUAUAUAUGUGACAAGCUUUGGACCCGUAUCAGAUGUUGAAAUGGAAUAUACGAUGGACGUCUUCUUUCGUCAAACUUGGGUAGACAAGAGAUUAAAGUAUGAAGGUCCCAUUGAAAUAUUAAGGCUAAACAACCUAAUGGUCACAAAAGUGUGGACACCUGAUACUUUCUUUAGAAAUGGGAAAAAAUCUGUCUCACACAACAUGACAGCCCCAAACAAGUUAUUUCGAAUCAUGAAAAAUGGGACCAUUCUCUACACAAUGAGGCUUACUAUAAGUGCAGAGUGCCCGAUGAGACUUGUGGAUUUCCCAAUGGAUGGACAUGCUUGCCCUCUUAAGUUUGGAAGCUAUGCUUAUCCGAAAACUGAGAUGAUUUAUACUUGGAAAAAAGGACCGGAAAACUCAGUAGAAGUCCCCCAAGAGUCUUCAAGUUUGGUUCAAUAUGAUCUAAUUGGACAGACGGUGUCUAGUGAGACUGUAAAGUCUAUUACAGGUGAAUAUAUUGUGAUGACAGUAUAUUUCCAUUUGAAACGCAAAAUGGGCUACUUUAUGAUUCAGACGUAUAUACCGUGCAUUAUGACAGUAAUCCUCUCUCAAGUAUCAUUUUGGAUUAAUAAAGAAUCCGUCCCUGCUAGAACCGUAUUUGGGAUAACAACAGUUUUGACAAUGACAACACUAAGCAUUAGUGCAAGGCACGCCUUGCCUAAAGUCUCAUAUGCCACAGCAAUGGACUGGUUCAUAGCUGUGUGCUUCGCCUUUGUGUUUUCUGCUCUCAUUGAGUUUGCUGCUGUCAACUACUUCACAAAUAAUCAAACUGAAAAGGCCAAAAAGAAGACAGUGAAAUCUUCAUCUGCACCUAGAGCUUCUCCAGCGAAGAAAGCAAGUGACACUGAAGUACUUCAGAAUCCUGGUACAAAUGGGAACUUGAGGAAAAGAAUGAACUACAUGACACUGCCAGAUGACAACAGUGGCCAGAGAACUGACACUGGAAGCAAUACUAAAGGUGGAGUUACAAGACAAUCUUUAGUUGGUCAAGUUCCUUCUGUAGUCGCCCCACCAUCUUUUUCUCACUCCAGCCCUAACCCAUUCAGUUACGUAAAUGUACCCCCACCAGUUUUAACAUCACAAAACACUUUAACUUCAGGAAGUACCCCGCCAGCACCGCCCUCAUCCCCAACCCUGCCGAGUCGCAUAUCGACAAACACAAUUGAUGGACCAGCUUCUAUUCACCACCUGCUCGCUCCCAAACUUGAACAUAUUCAAGCAACUGCAACUAAAAUGGAAGCAAGUCUAAAACAAUCCUCCACCAGCUCUGCACUGCCUGCUCCUUCACUGCCUGGUUCUGGAACAAGUAAAAUUGACAAGUACGCACGUAUUCUGUUUCCAGUUUCUUUUGGGGCUUUUAACAUGGUUUAUUGGGUAGUCUACUUAUCAAAAGACACCAUGGAGACAACAGAAAGUUAAGUCUGAUCUUGUAGCUAUGUGUUUUUUCACACUGAAAAAAGUAACAAUUUAGGGGCUUCACUCAGUCUAGUUUUACGAACAUUAAAAGUAAGGAAUAUGUAAAGUACAAUUUCCCCAGCAUAACCAGCAACAAAAAUAUACUCCUAAAAUACAAAAAAGAAUAUCUAUAUAGUAAUAAUAAUAACUAAAUUCAUGUGUUUUCAGAUCCUUGAAAAUGACCAUGUAAAGGACAAAAAAAACCAUUCCAAAAUAUAUCAAAUUGUAUUAAACUGUUUUUUUUGUUGUUGUUUUUUUCUCUUUCUUGAUGUCAGUGGCAAACUGUGUAAUCCAGCAACACAUGAUAUGUCAUGCUUUUUGCUUCAGGGGGUAAUACACCAGUGUCUGUUGCCAAUAAAACUUACUGUCACAUCUCUCUUAAUUUAAAAUUAAAAUGAAAGAAAAAAAGAAAUAUACAUAAAAGUGCAUUUUAAUUAAUCUAGUCUAUUUGCAGGAAGAAAAUAAAGAGCAAGCAGCAUUAAAAAUGACAUAUUAUGGCAAUAUUAUUCUAUAAACCUUUGGGAAGUGUACAAUGGUCUUAUAUUCUUGUUUUACUUUUGCUGUUUGAUUUCCAGACAUGUUCUUCAGUAAGCCCCAUUUAAAAUCAUCCGUAAAUUUUUACUAAAUCUCUACCUAUAUCUAUGACAGUUAUAGUUAAAAAAACACAAAAAAAAAACACAUUUACAAUGACUAAAAGUGUAGUUGGUCUUUGGCCCACUGUAUUUCUCGUACUGUGUGUGGCAUGGUGACAGUCCUCCCUGUGCACAUUUAUUUGUGUUGGUAUGGGGAAAAUGGGUUGGCAGGGAGGGGGUUCAAUUUCUCCCUGUCAAAACACAUGAGAAUGUGGCUGCAGCUGUGAAUUGAAUGAUUAAAUAAUUAACUAAAGCUCCAGCCACAGGUUUAUAAAUAGGGUGAUCACAGGUGUUAGUUAUAAAUAAUGAUUAGAGUUGAUGUUGAUGAGAGGUGGAGAUUUUUCGUGUUUGUGCAGCCUCGUCCUGUCUGUUUGUUUCUGUUUCUGUGAGUGUUUUGUAGACCUUUUAUUUUGGCCCUUGUGCCAUUUUGUUUUGUUAAUGUGUUUUGUUCUGUUUAAUGUCCAGUGUAAUGUCAACUGCAACUUCUGAGUCUCUCUUCCUGGUCGAAACAGCAUUGCCAGUGACACUGUCCUGUCACAGGUGGUGUUAACUGUGGGAUAGCACCCCUAGAGACCGGAAGUGCAAGUUUUGAUUAAAAAAAUUAUAUAUAUUAAAAAUUUUAAAAAAUUGAAGGGGAGGAGUAGCUGGUCCCAGAGGCAAGCGAGGGAGGUGAUGCCUGCCUGAGUGCCAGAGGAUGUGGGCAGUGGGGACACCUAUAUCAGUGUUUUUGAGGCCUCACGUUGGUGCCUCAUCUGUGGGGAGUGUGGGCACUUUGUGCUCAACUGCCCUCUCCUAGAGGAGGAAGAGGAGGAACAGCUAUCGGCUUGAGUGCCAUAGAAAGGGUCUGUGCUUGUGAGUACUCCAAGUGCAAUAUAGCACACCUAUAGCUAGCUAGCUAGUAAUAGUGUUCGUACUAGUGUAUUUUGGGCUCUAGAGGGAGAGCUGAAGCGGCAUUUUCCAGCAUCUACAAUCUCCAGACUUGUACAGGCCUGCAACGUUUCUGACUAUAUCUGGGGUUAUAUUUGUUUUUCCUUGUUUGGAUGGGUGGCUUAUAAAUGCUAGGACUGUCAGUAUUACAUUGUGUUUCUGCCUUUUAUCCUCUUGUUAUUGUUCAUUAGCAUAACAGUUAAUAAGUUUCCUUUAAUUUUUACAACUCUUUACUGCUGCCUGUAUGUUAUUUUGUUUACUUGUGACAUUCUCAUUUGCCUUCGCUCUCUGUAUUAUUGUAAAUCCAAUUACAUAUACUGUUUAAGAGAGUGAGAUAUAUAUAUAUAUAAUUUUUGUUGUUAUUAAGUGUGUGCAGUAUAAUUAGCAAAAACAAAACGGAUUAGCGACUCUAGGAAACCCUAACUAGAGCGGCACGUUAUUGUUACCCAAGAAAAAUGGGGUUACAGUUGUAGUUAUAAUUAAAGUGUGCAUUAUCGCUUCACUGCAGUGUCUCAGUCUCCCUUCCUGGUCAAAACAGUGUUGUCAGUGAUGCUGUCCUGUCAGACUGUACAAUGGGCAUAACUAUAGGAUUCUGCUUCCUAGGUCAAGACAGGACUUAUUUUGAGGUGGGUGAGACUGUACAGAGAAGCUCUGUAUGGGUUGUAACACAAGUGUGUGUGUAUGAAAUUAAGAACACCUGAAAUAAACUUUGUAAAACAGAACCGAAAACACUAAUAAGAA